UUUCCACCUGGUAUUUUCAAGAAUCCAGCGGUCCCAUUGUUGCAUUGAUCUCAUUCUCAGUUGUGUCACACACACUCGUUUCUCUCGCUCGCCAUGGCUUCUAUCUCAACCUCCAUUUCUCUGACCUCUUCUUCUUCUUCUUCUUCUUCUUCUUCUUCUUCUUCUCACCUUCACGAUCCCUUCCUCUCUUCUUCCCGUUCCCACCUCAACCCCUCUCUCUCAUUUCCCUUCCAUUUGCGAAUCACCCACAAACCCCUUCACCUUCAAAACCCUCCUCAUCUUCCUCGUUCGCACAAGAUUCGCUCUCUCCGCCAAGAAACUAGAGCUACACCAAUAACGAAAGAUCUUUGGGAAAACUCAAUUCUGAAAAGUGAUAUUCCAGUCCUGGUUGAAUUCUACGCAAGUUGGUGUGGCCCAUGCAGGAUGGUACACCGGGUAAUUGAUGACAUUGCAAAAGAGUAUGCUGGGAGGCUUAACUGUUUCUUAGUUAACACAGACACCGACAUGCAAAUUGCUGAUGACUAUGAAAUCAAGGCUGUACCAGUGGUUAUGUUGUUUAAAGAUGGACAGAAAUGUGAUGCUGUUAUUGGCACCAUGCCGAAGGAGUUUUAUGUAAAUGCAAUUGAGAGGGUGUUGAAGCCCUAGACAUAGAUCCCUGCGGAUAAAAUCUCAGUAAAGAGGAUAAACUUUUGCCCUUGCAUGUCAUGUUGAGUUGUGGUUACAUUUUCAGUUAGCUUGGCAGAGCUUGUUUAACAUGUUGAGUUCUUUCUUGUACAUAUUAUACUUUUUUCCAUAAUAGGUGCGACCUCUCUAGACUUCAAUCCACCUUCAAUCUUUAUAAUCUUUGAAAGAAUUUCUGUUUAGCUAUGAAACAGUUGAAUUUGUUUGUUC